AUGGUGCUCCCCGGGCGGCUCACCCUGCUGGCCGCGGCGCUGCUCCUCUGCCGGCCCGCGCGCGCGCGCGCCGCGCAGGGAGGGCGCAGGAGCGCCCUAAUGCGCAGGGAGGUGCUCGCCGUGGACUCGCGGGGCCAGAUGUCCGAUGGCGCCGCGCAGGUCGAUGAUCCUCAGGACGGGACGAUCGCGGGCUCGGAGGAGAAGCAGGCCGAGCCGGACAGGCAGGUGGCCUACCGUGAUCGCUUCGUCGAGACCGAGCGCGAGGCAGAAGAGCGGGCCGACCUCCAGGCCAGAGCGGGUGCCCUCGGCGGGAGCAUGCCAAGGGCCGGCGGCGAGGAGGGUGCUGGCACCAAGAGGUGGGGGCCGCUCGAGAAUGAGCCUGAGGGUGAGGACCAGGUGCAGUCGGAGGAGCCUGUGGAGUGUAGGCAGCUCCUGGAUCAGCUCGAGCAGAUGGAGACAGAGAAAGGAGAGGUAAGAAGGGGAUUUACUCAUCAAGUCAAGCUGUGUAUGUCCACGUUGGAAGAUAAAUAUGCGGAAGCGGAACGACGGAAACAAGAUGCGAUCGUCAGAGAGGCAAUUGCACGCAACGAAGAACUUAAUUCACAGCGUCAAGCUUCCCAUGCAAAGCAAGCAAAGCGACUCGCUGACAAGAGAAGCAAUCAAGCGAUCAAGGACACUCGCCAGGCGAGAAAAGACAUUAAGGUUGCCCAAGGAUUAAAAGAUAAGGCCCUGGUGGAGAAAUCCUGCACGAUGGAUCUGAGCAAGCAAGUCGGGAUGGAUAUAUAUGUUAGCGACUGGCAUGUCAACGUGCCAGAAGGAGCUAUGAUACAAUCUCUGAAGACCAGCACGUCAGCCCAUCGCUGCCCUAACAGCAUAGCUUGUUCUCAUACUCUUGUCCAGCUCAACGUGGACCGCAGCAAGACUGCGAACAACUGCGUGCUAUCAUACAGUGGAGACAGUGGGGAGUCACAAUGCCAGAAAGGGUACGAUUCGACAACACCAGGAUGUGCUUCUUGCACAAAAGGCUUUGGACGCAGUAACGCUGAUCCCUUCAUCUGUGAGCAGUGUGGGAACCAGAUUCUUCAGUGGCUCGCGUGGCUCGGGGUGCCGAUCAUGCUCUACGCGGCCUCCGUCCGCAGUGCGUUUGACGCCGCGUGCAGGGGAUCAUCCGCAUCUUUUUCGAACGAUGCGCUGAAGAUCUUGCUAGCGUUCAGCUCCGCCUCUGCUCUCGUCGCGUCAACCAUAGACGCAACGCCUGCGUUCCGCAGGAUUCCCGAUGGUGUCAGAGGAGCUCUCAGCAUAAGCAUUCACGCUUCGGGAGGUGACGCCACGGUUUUUGCGUCCAGCCUCGACUGCUUGGUCAGCGGCGGCGAGCAGCAGAUCGGGCUCCUGAGCGUUGUCGGCCUCGCGCUUGCCCAGCCAGCCAUUGCGAUGCUCCUGGCGAUGACGGCCCAGUACAUCCAGAGGUUCCGGGCCAGGUACACGCCAGACAGCCUCUUGGUGUGCUAUAUCGUGGCGACCAACCAGUUCGUGCCACUCAUCACAGCAGCGUGCGCCCGCUCGCUCGUGUGCUACCACACACAGUUGCACCCGCUCGAUCCCGCUGCGCCUACUGAGAGCUGGCUUUCGCACGAGUCACUGGUAAAUUGCAGCGGUAGGGCGAGGUAUUCGAUGAUCACGGUGCCUCUGGCUGCUGGUGCCAUUGUGGCAGGGCCGCUCCUUUGGAUCUACCUGAUUCACUAUUCGGCGCACGACCACGCAAUGAAGUUCAUCACAGGGUCGUACACUGAGGGGCGGCAGUAUUGGGAGGCUUUCCGUCUCACCAAGACUACUGUGCUUGCUGUCACCGCGACACUGGCUCCAACCACAUACAGCCCAACUUCCAAAUUAGCCAUGGCACUCUUCACGAUGACCGUGUUCCUUGGUGCACACAUGCGACUCCGACCGUACAAGUACCAGGAGCUCAACGACGCAGAAGGAUUAUCUCUCCUCUGCACUUGCUGCAGCAUGAUAUGUGCUUCCGUCCUCGCGACUGACACGUGGAGUUCCACGAAGGAGAUGCAGGCAGUGCUUCUCUUCCUGUCCGCGAGCUUCCUUCUCGCAGCCUUCGUGUACCUGGUGAGGUUCUACGUGCGGGCGAAGUAUCACGAGUUGUUCUCUGAAGAGGAGGAGGAGGAGGAGGAGGAGGAGGAUCACGCCAAGGACGCCGAGGAAAAAAUGUCGGACGACGCGGAGGGAGGAGAGGCGCCGGCGGAUGACCCCGAGGGGGGAAACACGCCCGCAGUGGGGCUCGCGGAGGAGGGGGACGGGCGGCAUCCGAACGACGACGAGAGCAGGGGCGACAAGCCCCCGGAGCCGCCGCCGCAGGCCGAGGUCCCCAGGAGCUGUCUCAAGAGGAGGUCGUAG